UUCUGAGAGCCGUCAUGGCUGCUCGUUAUGAACUGUUGGACGAGCUUCCCGCGGCUUGCCUGUCGCCGUGCGGACCGCCCAACCCCGCGGAGCUGUUCAGCGAGGCGCGGCGCCUGGCUCUCGAGCAGCUGCUGGCCGGCGGCCCCGACGCCUGGGCCGCCUUCCUACGGCGCGAGCGGCUGGGCCGCUUCCUCAACGCCGACGAGGUGCGCGAGGUUCUGGGCGCCGCCGAGCAGCCGGAGGAGGACGGCGCGGCGGUAGCCGAGGACUCGUUCGGCUCCUCUCAUGACUGCUCGUCGGGCACCUACUUUCCCGAGCAGUCGGACCUGGAGCCGCCCGCCUUGGAGCUCGGCUGGCCGUCCUUCUACCGAGGCGCCUACCGCGGUGCCACGCGCGCCGAGGCGCAUUUCCACCCCCGCGGCGCGGGUGGGGGCGCAGGCAGCCCCUAUGGCUGCAAGGAUGCGCUGCGCCAGCAGCUGCGCUCCGCUCGAGAGGUGAUUGCUGUGGUAAUGGAUGUUUUCUCAGACAUCGACAUCUUCCGAGACCUUCAGGAGAUGUGUAGGAAACAGGGAGUGGCUGUGUACAUCCUUCUGGACCAGGCUCUGCUCUCCCACUUUCUGGAUAUGUGCAUGGAUCUGAAAGUUCAUCCUGAGCAGGAAAAGCUGAUGACAGUGCGGACUAUUACAGGAAAUAUCUACUAUGCAAGGUCAGGAACAAAGGUUGUUGGGAAGGUUCAUGAGAAGUUCACGCUGAUUGAUGGCAUUCGGGUGGCAACAGGCUCUUACAGUUUUACUUGGACCGAUGGCAAAUUAAAUAGCAGUAACCUGGUAAUUCUGUCUGGCCAAGUAGUUGAACAUUUUGAUCUGGAGUUCCGGAUCCUGUACGCCCAGUCAAAGCCCAUCAGCUCCAAACUCCUGUCCAACUUCCAGAGCAGUGGCAAGUUUGACCAUCUGGCUGACCGAAAGCCACAAUCAAAAGAGCCCACACUGGGCAAUCUGCUGCGCAUCCGGCUAGCCAGACUCUCAAGUACUCCCAAGAACACCAACCUGGGACCAGAGGUGCUAUCAAAAGACAGAGCCAAAUCCAAGCGCCGUGACUCUGAGGCUUCCACCAUCAGUGAUGAAGACUAUUUGAAUAGCCACAAGGACCAGCUAGAUGAUAACAAGGCAGUUGAUGCUGCUACCCAAACAGAGCCAAGAGAAGAGAUGCCUGCAGUAAGCCUGAAUGAGGUGGGAACACAGACCAAUUCCAGCAUGGCUUGUGUAGGGACCCAAACCACAGUUGUCACAAAGGCAGUGAGCUGCCAGGCCACAGUGUGGUCCAAGUGCACUACCACACAGACUGAAGCUGAUGAGAGCUUCCUUCCUCAGGGUGCCCCAUCUAAAGAAGGGUCACCUGUAUCCAAGAUGUCGGUGUCCACAUCUUCUAGUUUGAGGUCAUCCUCUUCUAUGUCUUCCCAGGGCUCACUGGCAAGCUCUGUCAGCUCACAUGCUUCCCUGACAACCACUGACCUCCACACUCCUGGGUACCCCAAGUACCUGGGUCUGGGCACCCCUCAUCUAGAUCUGUGCCUGAGAGACUCGUUCAGAAACCUGAGUAAAGAACGGCAGGUCCACUUCACUGGCAUCAGGUCCAGGCUCACCCAGAUGCUGACCGUGCUCUCAAGGAGAACCCUCUUCACAGAGCACUACCUCAGCUACAGUCCCGGAAGCUUCACCAGAGCUUCCACAAACCUGGUUUCUGUGAGGGACAUAGCGCUUUAUCCUCCCUAUCAGUGACUGCUGGAUUUGGCCUGUCCUCCCUCUUGAGGCUUCAUGUGUUCCCAGCUACCCUCUUCCACGUGACACUGAGUUACCUUUGAGUUUGAUUCUACACAUUGUUUGAUAAUUUAAUUUUUGUUCUGUAGAAACCACCUGUUGGUUUAAAACACUAUAGGGACUUUUUGUUCUUUUUGCACAAUUUUAACGUUGUAUCACUACAUAGGUAUCUAGGGUUGGUUUACAAGAUAAAAUGCUGUUUUUUGUAUGUGUUCUUCUGUCUUAGUGCUUUGAGUCCCCAGAGCACUGGGGAUCAGAAUCAUAUUUAAAAGUUAAACACUGUUAAACUGAUUUUUCUUGAAUAUCUAUGUUCCUAGUAUUAAAUAAGUACAGACAAUUUUGUUUGCCUGGGUUUGUUUUUUUCUCUCUGGUACUCUUUUCUUUAUCUUUAAGGUGUGUCAUAAAUAA